AAGAAAAGAGGAGAAUUGCUGGUUUCCAUUUUAUUGUAAAAAGAAGGUCCAGUGUUGCUUCUCUGUUCCAUAUCUAUAUAUGAAGAAGUAGGACUCUAACUUCCACUUCUCAGAAUUAUAUAUCACCAUUAUAACACCAAAUCUCCCACCAACUGCAAGACACGGUUACAGUACUUAUACUCUGCACAUAUUCAACAAACACACACACAAGACACAGAAUGGGAAGAGGAAGAGUGGAGCUGAAGAGGAUAGAGAACAAGAUCAACCGUCAGGUCACUUUCUCCAAACGGAGGAAUGGAUUGUUGAAGAAAGCUUAUGAGCUUUCUGUGCUUUGUGAUGCUGAAGUUGCCCUUAUCAUCUUCUCUAGUCGUGGCAAGGUUUAUGAAUUUGGUAGCGCUGGUAUAACCAAAACCCUUGAGCGGUAUCAACGUUGUUGCUUCACUCCUCAAGAUAACAGCAUUGAACGUGAGACACAGAGCUGGUACCAAGAGGUGACAAAGUUGAAGGCAAAAUAUGAAUCUCUUCAACGUACUCAAAGGCAUUUGCUCGGGGAAGAUCUUGGGCCAUUGAGUGUGAAGGAACUGCAAAAUCUUGAGAAACAACUUGAAGGAGCUCUUGCACUAGCUAGGCAAAGAAAGACACAGAUUAUGUUUGAGCAAAUGGAAGACCUCCGCAAAAAGGAGUGUCACCUUGGAGAAUUAAACAAGCAACUGAAAUAUAAGCUGGAAGCAGAAGGACAAAGUCUAGCCAUCCAAGACCUGUGGAACUCUGAUGCAGCAGACGGAAAUAGCAACUUCGCUAUACAUCCAUCUCAAUCCAACCCCUUGGACUGUGACCCCGGACCUGUCCUACAAAUAGGGUACCAUCACUUUGUUCAAGCUGAAGGAUCUUCUGUUCCAAGAAGCAUGGCUAUUGAGACUAACUUCAUGCAGGGAUGGAUCCUUUAAACAGUAGUGUUUGAUUCUAUAUAUAUAUAUAUAUAGGCCAUACGUUUAUGUUUGAUUAAUAUCUAAAUGGUUUUGUGUUAUUGGGAUUUGUGAUUUAUAUAUAAACAUAUAUACUUAGACGUGCAAGACAUGAUCAAAAUGCUUACUAUAUAUAGUCUGAUAUGUAUUGAGACUGGAAAUUCAUAAAUAUUUCCAUAAUUAAUAGCCCUUUAUGACAAUAACCUGAAAUAGUUUA